AAAGCAGAGUGGAGCACGAGAAGGACAAGUAAAAAAGAAGCGUCAAGGUGAUUCCUUAGCGGGGAGAAUUUUUAUCUACAACGACCAACAGAAAUAAACACAGAAAAGCUCAAACAUGGCAGACAGCACAAGUCCAAAAGGCGGCUCAGGUGAUUUUGCAAAGAAAGUGCAAAAACAGUUGAGCAGAGGCAAAGAAAAGGUAAUGCAAAGGCUGGGGAAGUCACUGGAGACUAGAGAUGAUCAGUUUGAACGCUCCCUCCAGAUAUUCCUUGACCAGCAGACGGAUGGGAACCGAAUAUAUAAGGACCUAAGGAACUACAUUAAUGCAAUCAGGGACAUGCGUGAAGCUUCAAGACGCCUCUCUCAGUCGCUGUUUGAUGUUUAUGAAAACGGCUGGGCUGGGGAGGAGGAUUUGGGAGCCAUUGUAGAGGGAGAGGACCUCCUGUGGAACGACCUUGAGGUGAAGAUGGUAGAUCAGGCUGUACGCACUAUGGAGUCCUAUGUCUCCCAGUUCCCAGAUGUUCGGGAGAAAAUCGCCAAGAGAGGAAGGAAACUGGUGGAUUAUGACUCGUCCCUUCACCACCUGGAGGCUCUGCAGACAGCCAAGAAGAGGGACGAUAUCAAGAUCAACAAGGCAAAGGAGGAGAUGAAAGUUGCCAAAACCAUCUAUGAUGGGAUCAACAAUGAGCUGAAAGAGGAGCUGCCUGUUCUCUAUGAAAGCCGAAUCGGUUGUUAUGUGGCUGUCUUCUCAGCUGUAUCUAAUUUACGUGGCAUCUUCUAUAAAGAAAUGAACACGCUCAAUCUUGAUCUGCAGAAUGUGAUAAAAGAGCUGCAGGCUCAGCAUCCAGACAAGGUGUUUGCUUUGAGGGGGAUGCAGAGGUACGGUUCUCUGAAGAGACGGAGUCUGGUGUCCCCUAGGGCCUGGAAAUCUGGUUUUGAGUUUAACAGGAGCUACAGUUCCAGACUGAGCCUGCGGCACAGCUUCAGGUCCCCAGAAAAACCCCGCCACAGCACUCUGUCCAGAGGGAGCAGCAGCUCACUUGGCCUCUCCUCACGGUCGUCCACUCUGGACAGACCCCUGAAUGAAUCCAGAGAACUGGACGCAGCCUCCAGUCACUCUGUGAACCAAAGCUUUGAGGCACAGGAAGAUGCUGUAGCAGGGACAUCUGGCACAGAGGAGAAGUCAGAAAAGGGCAGCAGUCAGGUUGAAGAGGAGAAAAGCUCCAAGGAGAUAGAGGAUAAAAAAGAUGAGGAAAAAGUUCCACCUAGUGAGAGCAGCUCUGAACUGAACAACUCCUGUGAGUCAGUGAGCUUGGAUCUGCAGCUGUCUGCGGCCCAAAGCGGGACGCUGCACGUUGAAGAAGAAGAGGACAACCCAGCCACCCUCGACUCUCAGAAGGCAAACGGACUGGAGAACGGCGACGUUGGUGGGUUGAACUCUGACCCCAGCGACCUGAGCAGUCCUCACAAGGAGGAUUGUGGAGAAAAGGGGGCAGCUAGUGACUCAAAAACCACAACUGUUUGAAAGCUGUGAGCUAAAAGAAGACUGAAGUGGACAGCUGGUCAAGAAGCAAAACUAAAAAAGAAGAGAACAGCCGAGCGGACGGGUCCAACUGUUGCUUAACGGCUCCUGUUCCCCUGCUGAUGGUUUCUCAUUUAUAUUUUAAUAAAAGAACGUAUGAAUGAUGCCCCAGAAAGAGCUUAUAAAUCGAAUAAUCUAUUAAGAAGGAGAGUCUUCUUUAAUAAUUAGCUUUGAGUCAAUAUAAAUAAACAGUUUUAGAGGUUUUUAUUACUGGUGACAUAUUAUGCCCAGCUGCUGUUUUUGGAGUAAACUAAACUUAACCCCUUGUUUUUUUGUUUUUAAACCAAAAUCCCAAAACCAAGAAUAGAUUAAUCUUUUAUUUCCCUUCAAUAAGAGUAAACAAUCAAUAAAUACAACUUUUAAUCAUGUUUAUCUAUUAUUUUUAACAUGUAACUCUAUUAGAAAUAAUUAAAUGUUUGAAUUACAUCAUGAUGUGUUAUAUUUGGCAAAGAGCUGAUAUAUACUUUUUUAAUUUGUAUGGUUCAUUUAAAGAAUCCUGUAAAUCUGUACGCCUUAAAUGUCAUCACAUUUUAUCACACUGCAAGCACAAGCUUAAAUGGAUUUUUGUGGCUUUGUCCUAAAAGACCAACACAAGGCUGAAGAUAAUAAUGAAUCAAUUUUUUUAUGUAUUACAGGUGUACAUUUAAAGAAAUGUAAAGCUGUAUAUAAACAGCUUAAACUCAGAGUGGAUGAAGGGCAUCUGUGAGCAAUACUUAACGAUUCUUGUCACAGACUCUCAAUACAUGUUGGACUAUUCUUUGUUUUUCCAUCUCCUGAGAUCCAAGUAAAGCACACUGAAGUCUCACCGGAAGAUGUCCAAAAAUGUGAAAAUGUUUAGAGAUAUAUAAAAACUGUUCCUUUGUAGCUUAAUAUGUAACAUCCUCUUUAGA